AUGAUUGUAUCGCACGGUGGCCCACAGUUCUCCAGCUCUGAAUUCGAUUUGUCUACUAAAGCCUGGCAUAUCAUCCACGUGACAUCAUCACCCAUGCACCAGCAGGCAAAGGGAAAAGCUGAAGCAGCCGUGAAAUCUAUGAAGAAACUGCUGAUCAAGACUCACAAAGAAGGUAGUGAUCCACUUGAAGCUCUAUUGGAUCUUAGCCCUGCUGAACUCAUGUUCAAACGUAAGACGUGCUCACUCAUACCCUCAUUCAACAAGCAUUCGAGCAAUGAUCCCAUUGAGGUGAGGCGUCAAGCGUGCAAAGACACCGUCAAGAAAAGCCAUGACAGGAAAGCAAAGAGUCUCCCUGAACUGGACGUAGGACAGCACAUAUUCUUCCAACAUUUGGAGGGAAGAGAUUGGAAAUUUGGUGAAGUCUCCAACAUACUAGGCCUAAACAGCUAUGAAGUCAAAAGACCAGAUAGAAGCUCAUAUCGACGAAAUAGAAUUCACCUUAGACCCACCCAAGUAAACCUCAAAACUCGAGACACUUCCCCAUCUCAUAUCCCUCACUCUUCCAGCCAAACAGCACCAAAAGAACAGACGGCGUCUACCAAAUCUUUACCUGGUGAAGUGGCAAAUAACAGUGACAACAAUGCAAGCAACCCCCAAAAUGCUCAGCCCAACAGCCUUGCAGUAAAUAGACCACGACGAUCCAUAUAUCCUCCUAUUCGUUUUAAUGACUAUAUAAUUAAGUAA